UGGCUUCAGUCUUGACGAGCACCCAGUAAUUGAAACUGUUGUUUUUCUUGCGCUGGAUAAUAUCAUAUUGCAAGCGGCAAUUCUACUGUUGCAGUGGUUAUCGUAAACCGAAUUUCUCUUCGAACUAUUUCAAAGUUUGGCAUCAUGGCGGGCCUAUGGAACCCGAUGUCUACCUUGACAAUACUGUUCUUAUUAACCUAUUGGAGCGCAUAUUGUGAAGGAUCCAAUACUUGUGGACCCUGUACAUGUGAAGGAAUUGGGGUGAACAAAACCCUUACAAGCUGCAAUGACCAAACACAGGUGAUAUUGACCUUUUUAAAUCUGGCAGCGCUCAGAGAGUCUGCUUUUCAGGGUUCUACAGGCUUCACAAAAAUAUAUCUGGCGGGUAAUCACCUUGUAAGCAUUCCACCAAAAAUAUUUGCCACCCUAUCACAACUUCAAAUCCUAUACCUGAACAAUAAUCAACUUGCAAGCCUUCCUACAAAUGUAUUUGCCAACCUAACAGCCCUUCAAAACCUAUUCCUGCAGAAUAAUCAACUUGCAAGCCUUCCUACAAAUGUAUUUGCCAACCUAACAGCCCUUCAAAACCUACGCCUGAACCAUAAUCAACUUGCAAGCCUUCCUACAAAUGUAUUUGCCAACCUACCAAAGCUUGCGGAACUACGCCUGAACCAUAAUCAACUUGCAAGCCUUCCUACAAAUCUGUUUGCCAACCUAUCAAAUCUUGGGCAACUAUCCCUGGCGAAUAAUCAACUUGCAAGCCUUCCUACAAAUGUAUUUGCCAACCUUUCAGCCCUUGAGGUCCUACGCCUGGACAAUAAUCAACUUACAAGCCUUCCUACAAACGUAUUUGCCAACCUACCAAAGCUUGGGCAACUACUUCUGAACAAUAAUCAACUUGCAAGCCUUCCUACAUAUCUAUUUGAAAACCUACCAAAUCUUGGGUACCUAUACCUGGCGAAUAAUCAACUUGCAAGCCUUCCUACAAAUGUAUUUGCCAACCUUUCAGCCCUUCAGUUCCUACGCCUGGACAAUAAUCAACUUGCAAGCCUUCCUACAAACGUAUUUGCCAACCUACCAAAGCUUGGGCAACUGUUUAUCCAAAACAACAACCUACCUGUGGAUCAACUUUGCAGAGCGUUUCCUCAAGGUCCACCUCAGAUAACCAACUUUCAAGCAGACUCUGUAGAAUAUAUAAAGAGUCUCAAUUCAACAGUUUGUUCCCAAAGCUGUGACAAUGCCCCAAAAGGAGAGUUUACUUGCAACACUGGCUAUAGAUGUAUCGGUGCUUUAUGGAACUAUACAUGCCACAAUAUUGACGAAUGUGUUCGUGGGAAUCAUGCAUGUCAUUACAAUGCCAUGUGUAAUGAUACGGUUGGCAACUUCACAUGCACUUGCAACGCUGGUUACUAUGGAGACGGCGGACAAUGUACAGUCGUUACAAGUGAUUCACCCGGGAUGCCCAGGAGCGGCUCACUACUCCUUCCCACCAUUUGUAUCACCAUGGUUACAUUUACCCUGGCAAUGAUGACACUGAUCGUGUGAUUAAUGGCAGGCAUAAUAAUUUUGUUGGCGUCUCUGAUUUCAAUUUGAAUUGCAAGCAUGAUUUUCGCCACAUUUCUCGUUACUAUUAAUUAUCCACAAAGUAUGUUAUUUAUGGAGAGUUUGUUUGUUGUGUGUGUUUUCCCAAAAAGAUUGCAUUUCUUAGCCUGUAGGCACCGACAGCUUUCGGUGUAAUGACAGUCUCCCUCUCACAUGUUUGUGUAGGAAUAGUUUGUGAUUGAAGCUUGGAAGAGAUUAGCUGGUUUCCAUCAA